AUGAUGAACUUGGAUGGCAUAUACCACUGCAGCCUCCAGAAUAACGCAAUUGAGGUGAAAUUUGUACCUCACGCCGAUAGUCCGUUCCAUCCCCAAUGCCUUCGCAUCACGUUCCAUCGGACCAUUCGCGUCCCCGACAAUCGUAAGACAGUCAAACUACCACCCGAUCUAGGCACUUUCCCUCUAUUUGGAAUCCGUGAUUAUGCCCAUAAGCUUCCCCCAAAUAUGGUAGCUAAGGGCGGCUUGUUCCUGUCUAUGUACCAGAAAGAAGCUAUGUGGAUUGAUUUCAAAGCGGAUUGGCCUUUCAUGAUAAAAAUCUACGCUGGUGGCGUCAAUGUCGUCUCCGGCGAACAUGCCGCAGAGGAUAGUGGGACCAAAGAUCGCCGUCGACGGGCACUCUGGGGCACGAUUCAAGACUAUGUUGUGGCCCCUAAACAGCUUUGGCUCGACGGUAUUGCCACGUCUCCCGGUGUUGUAAGACAGUUUGUCGCCAUGCCAAUGGGACAAGGCUACAGUGUCGAGGCACAGCUUACUGGGGAAGAUACCAUCGGCGGCCUACAAUUUGAGAUCACGCCAUCGGCUCCCAGAAACGUCAUAAAGCUAUUCGUUCAGAUACUCCAUGGCAGAUCGUUUCCGAUCAUGUGUUCGCCCCCAUAUACGAUCAGUGCUAUUAAGAAUUCGAUAUACAAUAUAGAGGGAACCCCGCCUGACGACCAAUAUAUUAUUUUUGGUGGAACAACGCGUGAUGACCACGAAACACUUGUUGGGUGCGGUAUUCAACCGAAUUCCGUGGUUUAUAUGACGCCAAAUGUCCGUGGCGGCGGUCCAAACCCUCAUGCCACGCCUAUGCGUUUUCUUUCUAAGCGUUUUCGCUCUAUGGCCAUCGCGGCUGGAGGUAAAAUUGUUCAGGGCAUUGAAAAGGACGACCAAGACAAUUGUUGCUGGGUCGAGCACAUGACGAUGACGAUCCCGGUGCAGAUACUUAACAGCGCCGGCUUCCGAUCUGUCAUGGGGAGAGACCCGCCGCCCUCUCCCGUUAGCGCAGAGACUUAUGCUGCCGAGGGGCUUCCGUUUUUCGACCUGCCCGAGGAGCCCAGUACUAUUGCCGGGAACUUCGACGCGGUCAAAAGCGUCAAUGAAAUGGACCAAUCACACGGCAUCGCUACAACUAGCGACGCAUCGAUAAACCCAUGCCUCAUCAGCCUCAACAAGCGUGGGAGGCAGAUCACGGUCCCGAACCGUCAUAUUCUUCAAGUACGUGACCCGAACGCCUUGUUGGAUCCGGCGGGUCCGCUUCGUCCUUUUCGUACUGUCGCCGAGCUGGAAUAUGAACGAUAUGAAGGGAUUCCCUUGUCGGACUUGCUCCCGUAAUAUAUGUCACGGUAGUAACCAGCUGAGCGUCUAUAUAAGCGAUCUACUCAAGCUCGUUACACUCGCUCGUUUUACUCCUUUUAAUACAACCUACUAUAUUCCAACUAGAUCUAGGCACCACAUAACUAAGCACACUAAAUACGUGAUAAUAUACAAGCUUCGUAUUGUCUAGUAGCGGUGAUAUUAUUGCU